AUGACGGAUAAGCUAACGGACAACCAGGCUGCCACUUCAUCGAGGGCGUCGUCGUUUUUUAUCGAGAACCUACUGGGCAAGGGGCGGAGUGGACAUGAGUCGGUGUCGGACAGGAGCCGUGGGGAAGCUGGUGUGGAGACAGUCUCCACCGGCCGAGUCCUGAACGGACAUCACGCCGACGCAAGCACUCCAGUGCCAGAUGGCUGCAGCUCCACAGCUCGGUCCCCGUACAGAGACUUGCCGUUGCAGUGGUACCGCGGGGAGACUGCCUUAAACUUCAGAGCUUUGGAAACACCACAGAGUCCAAGAGAUAAUACAAGCUCAGACGACCACUGCUGCUCCAUAUCGACGAGUGAUAGAUGCUCUCCUGCCGUAUCUGAACCGAUAACGGAGGACAGCGACGAAACCGAUAGGAAAACAGGCGAUAGCAACCUGACAGACGACAACGAGGACGCGCACAACGGCUUUGACGCACGGUCAGAGCACGACGGGUCCUCGGAUCCGAGCUCCACCCGGAAGAAGAAGACGCGUACAGUGUUCAGCCGCAGUCAGGUGUUCCAGCUGGAGUCUACCUUCGACGUGAAACGCUACCUGAGCAGCUCAGAGAGAGCGGGGCUGGCAGCGUCCCUCCACCUGACAGAGACUCAGGUCAAAAUCUGGUUCCAGAACCGGAGGAAUAAAUGGAAGAGACAGCUGGCGGCGGACCUCGAGGCUGCGCAUAUCCCACACUCGACGCAGCGGAUUGUCAGGGUGCCCAUUCUGUAUCACGAGGGACCCACACCCACUGCAGCAGUGGGUUUCAACCUGAACGGACAUCCACUUUCUCCACCCCUCGCGGGCUUCUCCAGCUCCAUCAACUACCCUCUGUCCUCGUUUGCCCACUCCAUGAGCAUGUUAAGAUCACAGAUGACCGGCUUGGUGUAAAGACUGCUGAAGACUGAUUACAAACUGUUUAUUAAUAAUAUAAAUUCACCCUGUUAAUACCGAAUCGUGCAAUAACCUACAAUGCCGCAGAAAACUGUUGACUUCAUCCAAAGAGCCACAGAGACAUGAAUUAUGAAAACCCCAGUCAUCCUUAUAAAUCUGUUCAUAACAAGAGUCUGUGCUCCUGUCACAGAAUAGACUGUAACAAGGCCGGGAGCAGGGGAGGCCUAAGCUGUUCAUGUACUGUACUGUAUGUUUGAAUACACAUAUUUUUACAAACUUUUAUAUU